GACGAGACGCUCAAGCAGGUCUAUCGCGGAGACGAGGGCCGAAAGAAGCUGCGGAUCGCCGUUGUCAACCUCUUUGAGAGGGAUGGUCUGCUUCUCCGCUUGCGAGACGUCAAGUGCCCCGUUUACUGGCUUCAGGGCACUGCCGAUCCUGUGUUUGGCACGACUGUUCCUGUUGAGCAUAUCAAGCUCUUCACUUCUAGCCCUGAGGCUACGCUGGAUUUUGUCGAGGGUGGUGGUCAUUACCUGAGCGCUACUAACCCCAAGGAGAUUAACGAGGCCAUUCUCAAGAUGGUGAACAAGUAUGCUUAA